UCUUUCCCCGGAAGGAAAGCGGAGCCCGGGCUGGGCGCGCAAGGUGGGGAGGUGCGGGACUGGGCGUGGGGAGGCGGGGCGCGCGCCGCGGGGACCCCUCCCUCCCGUCCUCCUUGCGGUCUGCCGUUCUGCUUGCCAGAACCGCCGCCGAGUCGGGAUCGAAGGCGACAGCGCGGCCAAGGGGGCGCGGCCCGGACAGGCUGGAGGGCCGGGUGCCUGGGGCAGGGGCGGCGGUGACCCGGUUGCUGGGGAGGCGGGAGAAUAGACCCACGGACCUUGGAAGGGGAUCUGAGAGCGCAGACCCUGAGCAGCCGUGAAACUGACCCGGGCUGAGGGCAAGAAACUGAUCGGCACCGCUGGGCUCCACCGCGCGGCCGGUUCCAAGUGCCCUUUGGCGGUGCGGGGAGCAGGUGAACAGGUCCUUACUCCUAGCUCCGCGCCCUCACGCGCUCUCGCCUGGGCCCCCGCUCCGGCUCGCAGCCAUGGGCCCCGGCCCCCGCCGCGCGCCCCGCGCCCCGCGCCCGAUGCUCUGCGCGCUCGCCCUGAUGGUGGCGGCCGGCGGCCGCGUCGCCUCCGCCUUCAACCUGGACACCCGAUUCCUGGUGGUGAAGGAGGCCGAGAACCCGGGCAGCCUCUUCGGCUACUCGGUCGCCCUCCAUCGGCAGACGGAGCGGCAGCAGCGCUACCUGCUCCUGGCUGGUGCCCCCCGGGAGCUUGCUGUGCCCGAUGGUUACACCAACCGGACCGGUGCUGUGUACCUGUGCCCACUCACUGCCAGCAAGGACGACUGUGAGCGCAUGGACAUCACAGAGAAAAGUGACCCUGACCAUCACAUUAUUGAGGACAUGUGGCUCGGGGUGACUGUGGCCAGCCAGGGCCCUGCAGGCAGAGUCCUGGUCUGUGCCCACCGCUACACUCAGGUGCUGUGGUCGGGGUCUGAGGACCAGCGCCGCAUGGUGGGCAAGUGCUACGUGCGAGGCAAUGACCUAGAGCUGGACCCCAGCGACGACUGGCAGACCUACCACAACGAGAUGUGCAACAGCAACACCGACUACCUGGAGACGGGCAUGUGCCAGCUGGGCACCAGCGGCGGCUUCACCCAGAGCACUGUGUACUUCGGUGCCCCUGGUGCCUACAACUGGAAAGGAAACAGCUACAUGAUUCAGCGGAAGGACUGGGAUUUAUCCGAGUAUAGUUACAAGGACCCAGAGGACCAAGGAAACCUCUAUAUUGGGUACACGGUGCAGGUAGGCAGUGCCGUCCUGCACCCCACGGACAUCACCAUUGUGACGGGUGCCCCGCGGCACCGACAUAUGGGUGCUGUCUUCUUGCUGAGCCAGGAGGCAGGCGGAGACCUGCGGAGGAGGCAGGUGCUGGAGGGCACGCAGGUGGGCGCCUAUUUUGGCAGCGCCAUUGCCCUGGCAGACCUGAACAACGAUGGGUGGCAGGACCUCCUGGUGGGUGCCCCCUACUACUUUGAGCGGAAAGAAGAGGUAGGAGGUGCCAUCUAUGUGUUCAUGAACCAGGCGGGCACCUCCUUCCCCACCCACCCCUCCCUCCUCCUUCAUGGCCCCAGUCGCUCCGCCUUCGGCUUCUCCGUGGCCAGCAUUGGUGACAUCAACCAGGAUGGAUUCCAGGACAUUGCUGUGGGAGCCCCCUUCGAGGGCUUGGGCAGAGUGUACAUCUACCACAGCAGCUCCAGAGGGCUCCUGAGACAGCCCCAGCAGGUGAUCCACGGAGAGAAUCUAGGACUGCCUGGCUUGGCCACGUUCGGCUACUCCCUGAGUGGGCAGAUGGACGUGGAUGAGAACUUCUACCCGGACCUGCUGGUGGGGAGCCUGUCAGACCACAUCGUGCUGCUGCGGGCCCGGCCUGUCAUUAACAUCGUCCACAGGACCUUGGUGGCCAGGCCAGCUGUGCUGGACCCCGCACUUUGCACAGCCUCCUCCUGCGUGCAGGUGGAGCUGUGCUUUGCUUACAACCAGAGUGCCGGGAACCCCAACUAUAGGCGGAACAUCACCCUGGCCUACACCCUGGAGGCUGACCGGGACCGAAGGCCGCCGCGGCUGCGCUUCGCCCGCAGCCAGUCAGCUGUCUUCCACGGCUUCUUCUCCAUGCCCGAGAUGCGCUGCCAGAAGCUGGAGCUGCUCCUGAUGGACAACGUCCGUGACAAACUCCGCCCCAUCAUCAUCUCCAUGAACUACUCUUUGCCUUUGCGGAUGCCUGAUCGCCCCCGGCUGGGGCUGCGGUCCCUGGACGCCUACCCGGUCCUCAACCAGGCGCAGGCACUGGAGAACCACACUGAGGUCCAUUUCCAGAAGGAGUGCGGGCCGGACAACAAGUGCGAGAGCAACUUGCAGAUGCGCGCGGCCUUCGUGUCGGAGCAGCUGCAGCGGCUGAGCAGGCUCCAGUACAGCAGAGACGUCCGGAAACUGCUCCUGAGCAUCAAUGUGACCAACGCCCGCAGCCCGGAGCGGGCCGGGGAGGACGCCCACGAGGCGCUGCUCACCCUGACUUUGCCUCCCGAGCUGCUGCUGUCUUCCGUGCGCCCGCCCGGGGCCUGCCAAGGUAACGAAACCAUUCUCUGCGAACUGGGGAACCCCUUCAAACGGAACCAGAGGAUGGAGCUGCUCAUCGCCUUUGAGGUCAUCGGGGUGACCCUGAACACAAGGGACCUUCAGGUGCAGCUGCAGCUCUCCACGUCAAGUCACCAGGACAACCUGCAGCCCAUGACCCUGACUCUACUAGUGGACUAUACACUCCAGGCCUCGCUGAGCAUGGUGAAUCACCGGCUACAAAGCUUCUUUGGGGGGACAGUGAUGGGCGAGUCUGGCAUGAAAACUGUAGACGAUGUGGGAAGCCCCCUCAAGUAUGAAUUCCAGGUGGGCCCAGUGGGGGAGGGGCUGGCAGCCCUGGGGACCCUGGUCCUCGGUCUGGAGUGGCCCUAUGAAGUCGCCAAUGGCAAGUGGCUGCUGUACCCCACGGAGAUCACUGUCCAUGGCAAUGGGUCCUGGCCCUGCCUGCCACCCAGAGACCUUGUCAACCCUCUCAACCUCACUCUCUCUGACCCUGGGGACAGGCCGCCAUCUCCACAGCGCAGGCGGCGACAGCUAGACCCAGGGGGAGGCCAAGGCCCCCCACCUGUCACUCUGGCUGCUGCCAAAAAAGCCAAGUCUGAGACUAUGCUGAACUGCGCCACUGGCCGCGCCCGCUGUGUGUGGCUGGAGUGCCCCAUUCCUGACGCUCCUGUUGUCACCAAUGUGACCGUGAAGGCACGGGUGUGGAACAGCACCUUCAUUGAGGAUUACAGGGACUUUGACCGAGUCAGGGUAGAUGGCUGGGCUACCCUAUUCCUCCGAACCGGCAUCCCCACCAUCAACAUGGAGAACAAGACCACAUGGUUCUCUGUGGACAUUGACUCCGACCUGGUGGAAGAGCUGCCAGCCGAGAUCGAGCUGUGGCUGGUACUUGUGGCCGUAGGUGCGGGGCUGUUGCUGCUGGGCCUGGUCACCCUCCUGCUGUGGAAGUGCGGCUUCUUCAAGCGAGCCCGCACUCGCGCCCUGUAUGAAGCUAAGAGGCAGAAGGCGGAGAUGAAGAGCCAGCCGUCAGAGACAGAGAGGCUGACCGACGACUACUGAGGGGGGCAGCCCCUCGCCCCCGGCCCACCCC